AUGCCGCAGGAGCUACAGUGCUUAGGUGAGCUGCUGCACGUGGGGCCUGUGGUGCUGUUGACAGGAGAGGAGCGGCGGGACCUUUACCUGGCGCUGUUCUCCAGCUGCCUCGUGCAGCUGUCCCUCUCCAACGGCCGCUUCUCUUACCAGGGCCGCCUCCCUGUACCGGGUUUAACAGUUCUGAACUCCCAGGAUCCAGCUGACGGCUGUGCCUUCGACAUUCAAGGCCCUUCAGUGCCCCGUAUGACAGUGCUCUGCCGGAGUGCUGAGGAGGCGUCCCAGUGGAAGGCCAAGCUGAGCUUCUCACCUCCUCCGCCACCCGCACCCAGCCCUCUUCGACGAGUGGUGGCACAAGUGAGUGCCCCUACACCAGCACCCACUGUCACAGUGGUUCGGCCAAUGGAAACUCCUGUUCCACAGCGACCCUUGCCUGUUAUGAUCGGGCCAUCCACCGAGAGGACACCCUUACGAGAGAGCUCAUCAACAACGCAGAGCGGUGGCUGGUGCCUUCGACCACAUCCACCACUGCGUCCCCGACCGACGGUUGGCCGUGCCCCAAACCGGCAUCACAAGCAACAACGGAAACCUGGUCCUGCUGAAGACAGGGCACCGCAUGUGGACGACAUGCAGCUGCUGCAAGUCAUUGAGGCCUACUGCGGCAGCAGUUCUCGAGCGAGGCACACGGUGAACUCAGCAUUGAUGAACUGCCCGCAAGUCUUAGUUGCAGAGGAUGAGAAAAUUAUUGUUGAAGACACCAAAGGCAUGGAGGAGAGAAGCCUUGUUGACACUGUCUAUGCCCUGAGAGACCAGGUCAAGGAACUGCGAACCGAGACGAGCCAACUUUCACGCGCACUCGAGGAAGAGCGACAAGCACGCAUGCGACUGGAGGCCCUGCUACGACAGCACUUAUUGCUAAGCUCUUGCGACCAACCCCUGCUCAUUACGGAGUCCUGACCAGCAUGCUACAAGGCCGCCAUUGGCUGGCCGCUCGCAAAGUUCUUUGUUGCUCUUACGUGGUGUGUGCACAUUCAAA